UUUACAGCGCUUAUUCCGGUUGUAUGCUUGAAGUCGAGAGAAGCAGUUGCUUCUGAAAAGUGUGGAGAUGUUGAAGAUUAAUGUUGAUGUCUUGUUAAGUUACAACAGAUAGCAGGCAUCGUUUAAACUGCUUUCACAUUUUAUCAGGAAGAAAAGGGGUAAUUUCAACAAGCAAUGGAUACUGAAGAGAAGACCUAUGGAGGUUGUGAAGGGCCAGAUGCCAUGUAUGUAAAGCUCAUCUCCUCAGACGGCCAUGAGUUUAUUGUGAAGAGAGAACAUGCAUUGACCUCCGGCACAAUCAAAGCCAUGUUGAGUGGUCCUGGUCAAUUUGCUGAGAAUGAAACCAAUGAAGUAAACUUCAGGGAGAUCCCUUCUCAUGUCCUUUCCAAAGUGUGCAUGUACUUCACCUACAAAGUUCGCUACACCAACAGCUCAACAGAAAUCCCAGAAUUUCCCAUCGCACCCGAGAUAGCACUGGAACUUCUGAUGGCUGCAAACUUCUUAGAUUGUUAAAUGAAAAUCAAAAAGCUAAAUAUUUAAAGUUUUUUUUUUUUGUUUUUACUUUUUGUGUUUCUUCUUUUGUUGAACUUGUUUGCCAUAUACUUGAGGUACAGGUAUAAGAAUCUGCAGUGUAAAAUGGGUUUUUGCACAAGACAACCUAUUCAGUUACUAGAUUUAAUCUUGUAUUGAGCAAGAAUUAAAUUUUAAUAUAAUAAACUGUGAUGUCUGUCGAAA